AUGGCUGUUUCGCUGCUCGUCCCUGUCAUCUUCCUGCUUAUCACUUGGUAUUCUAUUCACUUAUCCGCACGUCGAGACCACCCGUGGCGAACAUGGGCAGAUGCCUCGCCUACUUGGCCAGAUAAACUCGAUGCUCUAUCCAGUUCGAUUCCCACUCCUCGUCCCUCUCCCACCCCAUCCGUUUCACCCCUUUGGGAGGGCAAGAAUGCCUCCAAGACACUAGUGGUCGCCAAACUACAAGAAGACGACACCUCCUGGGUCGACAGGGUCGUACAGGAAGAUUCCGAACUCACCGGCGCCGUCUACACCGUCAACAACCACACCGCGGCGCUGACGGUCCCCAUGAACAAAGGCCACGAGGUGAUGGUGUACCUGACGUACAUCAUCGAUCAUUACCACGCCCUGAAUGACGUCACCAUGUUUAUGCACGCCCACCAGAUAACUUGGCACAACAACGACUUUCUCGACUCCGAAUCCGCCAAGAUGGUCCAGCGAUUGAAGAGCAAUCAUGUCAUUCGCAACGGAUACAUGAACAUGCGCUGUCAUCACGAACCGGGGUGUCCCGACCACAUCCACCCCACCGUGGACGACCAGACCGACGACAUCAACAUCCCCGAGGCCGCUGUGCUGGGGAAUUCCUGGCGCGAGUUGUUCCCCAACGACCCCGUACCCAAUGUGCUGUCGCAGCCAUGCUGCGCGCAGUUCGCAGUCAGCUCGGAACGGAUUCGACGGAUCCCGCGAAAACGGUAUAUCGACUAUCGCGAGUGGCUGCUUCACACCGAGUUGGAAGAUCGCUUGUCCGGUCGGGUCUGGGAAUAUAUCUGGCAGUGGCUGUUUACGGGCCACGGGGAGUUCUGUCCGGCGGAAACAACCUGCUACUGUGAAGGCUAUGGGCUGUGCUUUGACCCUACCGAGUACGAUCUCUACCUCAAGAACCGGAAGGAGUCUCACAAGCUAGAAGGAGAACUGGAGGAUAUGGAUGAAUCAGAUGAGAAGAUGGGUGAUCUGAAACGACAAAUUGAGGAAUUACGUCAUGAAAUAGAUGGCUUCAAAGCAAAAGCGAAGGCACUAUGA